AUGCAGACAAUAACAAAAACAAGGCUCUGCGUCAUUUUCGCGUUCCUCGCCUUGACGUGUUCUGUACAGAUGACCGACGCCAAGGAAAUUCCGCCGAAAUUCUUUGGCAAAUUCGUCCUCGACCGCUCUGAAAACUUCGAUGAGUUCCUCUCUGCAAAAGGUAAAGCUUAACAUUUGCUGGAGUUUAUUUUUUGUAUACUUUUGAGAAAAUGAUGCAUUUAGAAGUUUUUAAAUCACACUCUUUGAAAUUCCAGAAGGUUGAUUGUGUCCCGAAAUCGUAAUCGUAUCGUUAACCAACUUUCAAUUUAUAGUAAAUUACUUUUUGUUCAGAAAAAUGGUUUUUUUUUUGAAAAGUUCGAUUUGGAAACUUUAAACUUUAAUCUAGCCGAUUGGUUUUGUAUCUAUUUUUCUCAAAAUAAUAAUUCAUCAAGUUUUUUUUUUCCAGGCGUCAACUGGCUUCUUCGCCAAAUGAUCAAGUUGGCUAGCGUUACGAAAGUUAUUGGCAAGGGAGACAAACCUUCAACGUUAGCUCUUCUUUUUCCACUGAGUUUUGAACGAUUUGAAUUGCAGGUAUAACUAUGAGAACCUGACCUCCAAGAAGAACACUCUUUAUCAUGGCUGGGAGCUCGGGAAGACCUUCCGAGCUGAAGGGCUCGAUGGAAAACCGCACGACGUUGGUUUUUUUUUCUCAAAUUUCGGUCUUUUCUAAUUUUGUUCAAUGGUUCUAGACAAUUCGUUGCUUCAAAAUCCAUGAAUUUUCAAAGUUUUGUUUUGAAUAAUUUGAUAGGAAUAACUUUUUGCAAAUAGGAAAAGUCGGAAAGAUGACGGAAGGCUCCAUAAAAAUGUACCUUUAAGCUGAAAAAAGUUUCUUUUUGCUGCCUUUCGCGCCAUUUCAUCGGUUCAUAUGCACUAGUUUUGCUGCCUCUCCCUUUUUCCUUUAUUUUUUGAGCUUUAAAAAUCCUAGAAAAAAUGAAAGGCUCAAUAGAAAAACUUUUUUUGCUGCCUCUCUGCGCCGUUUUCUUAGCCUUUCUCUGUCAGCGGCUAUUAUUCACCAUUUCGACUUUGCCCAAGAACUGGUAUCAUCCUAUGAAGAAGUUUGACGCUAACAAAAUCUUUUUUUAAAAAAAUUUAAUAAAAAUUCAAAAAGAUAUUAAUAUUUUUAUUUCAGAUCACUUUCAACUAUGUGAACGGCGAACUGACGGAAAAGCAUAUUCGACUGGAUGAACCUGCGGAUAACAAUACCGAAACCUACCACUACACUAUCGAUGACAAGGAUCAGCUCGUUUUGGUAAAUUACUCAUCGUCUGAAAGAGAAUUAAUCAACGAAAAAUUCAGAAAAUGGAAAACAACAACAUUAUUUGCCGUCGUUGGUUCAAGCGUCAGCAACCAAAAUAA